AUGACGUACAAUUACAAUCUUUUGGCGGAGUUAUAUAAAAAAGAAAAACAUUUCCAAAAGGUUUACACUGAAUUUCGGCCGAAUUUAAAAGGUUAGUAGGGAUUUGUUUUGGAUAAAAUGUGUCACUAAUUAAUGCUUUCCAGCAACACCAGUAACGGUAAAAUUCUAUGCCCGCCACGAAGCUAACGUCAAUAAAGGUGAACCAAAUCUACAUUACAUAGAACUAUUAGCGCAAGCCAAAUCUUCAGGAGCGAAAAAUAUAUUUUCUUCUCCAAUAACAGAAAAUCAAAGGUAAAAUAAAUUGUUUUUAAACAUUCGACCUUCUAUUCUCCAGGCUAGAGAUACAUUGAUAAUAUUAAAUUACUAUGCUGAGUUUCUCAUUUGUUUUAUCAAAUAUAAAUUAUAGGCAAUAAUAAUAUAAUUAAACUGCCUUUUUUUUCAGAUAUGGGUGGUAUGACAAACCAUUAAUUUCACUAUCAGAAAACAAAUUGCACUUCCCAUACAUAGAAGCACCAGAAAUAAAAUUAGACCUUAUAUUGAAAGAGAACUAUAAAAACAAAGUGCCAUUUUCUGGAAUACCAUUUAAACUAUAA